AUGGGUAAGAAGACGUCUCGCCCGCCCGCCUCGAAAACUUCCUCCGCUGCGUCGCCCGCGGUAUCCGGCCUGACAUACACUGGAAGCAAAUCUUCGAUAUUAAAGGCAUCAUUUGCACCGUCUGAAUAUCAAUUGGCGCUUUUCGCGUCGGUCAUUCAGGGUCUUGAUGCUCAGCAUUUGCGAAUUCAUGAUACGAAUACCGGCCGGUUACAAUGCGAGCAUGUCUUGGGUCCUAAGGAGAUGGUCACCUCCCUAGACUGGGGAUACUAUCCAGGAAGACAGAAGGAUCGCGAUCAACAGUCGAAAAAGAAGAGAAAGCGACACUCCGACGUCAAUGGUUCCGCCGGUGGGUUCGAUCAGGGAGAUGUAGUUGUCGCCUUCGGUACCAGUACUUCAGAUAUCCGGAUGUACUCGCCUACGGAGGACAAGAUUGUCGGAACACUCGCUGGAGCUCAUGAUGAAGGUGUUAAGGAUUUCAAAUUUACCUUGGGCAAGCCCGCUCAAGAAGGCUGGAGUGUCGGUGGUGAUAACAAACUCGUACAAUGGGAUCUGCGCACCGGGAAAAGCACAAAGAUAGUUAACUUGCCUUCAUCCUCGGCGGCCACGAGUCUGGCGCGCCCGCUUCCCUCCAACCCACCUGUUAUCUGCGCAUCUCAAACGCCAUAUCUAAUAGAUACUGAUAACAAUGAUGCGCCAAUUGCGUUCCCCGCUAUGCGCAAUUCUAUCCACACUCUUCUCACCUCCUCCACUGAGUCCGCUUCUGCCGGAUUGUUCCUCGGCUCCGAUAAUGACCGUUAUAUCAAUGUGUUUGAUCCUGAGAGUCGGAAGCUCGUGAUGAAUCUGGUGGCUGAAAAAGAAGUAUCUUCGUUGUCAUUGUAUACCGGCUUCGGGGGGAAGACAGGUGACUCGUUGUCGUUGGAGAAGCAAGCCCUGGCAGCUGUAACUGACGACGGUACAAUUGAGCUUUUCAUGAGGCCAUUCGUUCAGCCAAAGGACUUACAGGCAAGUAAGAGCUUGAAGGCAAAGGGAAGGCAGAUGACCAGGAGGGCAGAGUGCUCCAUUAAGAUCACGCGCUCCGAGGGCUCCGAUGCGCUCGUCCCUGUGGUAACAGCAUCGUUUCAGGGCCGUGAUCUAGUCAUUGCUUAUACUGAAGGAGGGGUCAUUCCUAUUUUCGAACGUGUUUCUUGUCUCAAUGAAGAAACCGACGAGUUGGCAUUCACGGGCACAAAGAAGAUUGUCAAGAGCAAGUCCAACUCAGUACUCUCAUCGGUAACCACAAACGGUGCAAGGAAGACAGGUGAGAGCCAGGUCGAUGAGUCCAAGGCAGUGGUACAGCAAGGAGAUCUCGUAGAUGACGAUGUUGAGAUGCAAGACUCCAAGCAAGACGCUAUCUCAGAUAGCGAUGAAUACUCGGAUGAUGACGACCAGGAACGCAAGCAGUCGGGUGAAGUGAAGGAAACAGACAAAAAGAACGGUACCGACAGCGACGUGGAGAUGGAUAACGCGGAGGAGUCCGCCCCUGAAGAUGAGGACGAGACAGGCGAACCUUCCUUUGGCGAGCUCAUGCGGGCAAAUGCAGCAGAGAUCGAUGUUGAGGCUGAACUUGAGGACGAUGUCCGCAUCGGAUCUCUUGUUCCUGGGAAACCCAACAAAGCAGUCCAGCAGAUUCCAUCCGGUGUCUCGCUCUCCACUGUUCUGACGCAGUCCCUCAAGACUAACGAUAACGACAUGCUUGAAUCUUGUUUCCAUACCGGUGACCUCUCGAUUAUCCGGACGACCAUCCAACGCUUGGAGUCAUCCCUGGCAGCUACACUCCUCCAAAAGCUGGCCGAGCGCCUUUCUGCCCGACCUGGCCGGUACGGACACCUCCUCGUGUGGAUCCAAUGGACAUGUGUCGCACAUGGUGGGGCCCUCGCCGGCCAGCCAGAUCUUUUGAAGCGUAUGGCUACGCUUUACAAGGUUAUGGAUCAGCGCUCAUCAAGCUUGUCCUCUUUGCUGCUGCUUAAGGGUAAGCUCGAUAUGUUGGACGCGCAACUCGGCUUGAGGCAAUCCAUCCGCAGUGGAGUGGAGGGAAUGGAGAGUGAGGAUGAAGACAACGUCAUCUACGUUGAGGGAGAGGAGGAGCUUGAGGAGGAGGAUAGCGAUGCUGAGACUGCGAAGCAUAUGGCCACACCACGGACCAAGUUGAUUCGCGAUCAGACCUUCGACGAGGACGAGUCCAUGCUGAACGGCGUCCACUCUGGCAUUGAUGAGUCUGAGGACGAGGAAGAGGGCAGUGAGGAGGAUGACGAUGAGAAUGAAGAUGUAUUUGACGUUGAGGCGGAGGAGUCUGCCGGCUCUUCCGACGCUGAGGAGUCCCUGGAGGAAGACGAAGACGACGAAGACGAUGACGCCGAGAGUGCCGGCUCGGUGGCCGAUUUCAUUGCUGACACGGAGGAUGACUCUGAGGAUGAAGCCCUUUCAGCUCCCCAGCCGCCACCAAAGAAGACCAAGCUAGGCGGUGGAGGGAAGGGGAAGAACAAGGCGAGAAAAUAG